AUGAGUAGUAUAGAUUAUUUACAUGCUGUAUCUGAAGUCUCUUACUUAAAAUCCAUGUAUGGUGAAGAAGACAACUUAAUCGCCGAGCAAGAUGAAGAAUUUCGUAUCAAGAAAGAAGAAAGGAUCACUCAGAAUAUUCGGUCUAUCGUGUCAUCAUACCCACAUGUUCUUGAUCUUGAAAAACCAGUUUUUGAUUUCGCAGUCCCAAGGGGAAAACGAUCAAGGCCAAACGCGCGUCCAAGAGAAGUUAAAGCUCUGGAAAAUAAGUCUGAAGAACACAGAGUAGUACAAGUUGAUAAUGCGGAAAAAAAUAUACCAGAUUGGUCUGCUAUUGCUGCUAGACUUGUAAGACCAACUGGUGUCACUGUCAACAAUAAAGAAUCACUCGAAAACAGAGAAAAGGCGGCUGAUAAUAGGGAAAACAGAGGAAGUAGUAGUAAUUCUGCACCAUUGCCCGUUGACAGAAAAAGAUCACGAGAAGAAGCCAACUGCAAUUUUAGACCUGUUGCUAGAGCUGUAGUUGUCGCCCCUCCUGCAGAAUUGAGUAUCGAAUUCAAGAAUCUGAUUACAGUCAAUGGGGGUUUACUUGAAUCAGCUAUAUUGGUCAUUGAAAAAACACUAUUCGACACGGAUGUUAAAGCAGCAGAGGGAAGGUUUUCAAUCCCACAAAAGCAGAUGAGUAAUCAGUUUCUAAAGCCUGCUGAAGAACAACUUUUGAAUGGGCGCAAUGAGGCUAAUAAAAUGCGUGAGAUGAAUGUGAUGUUGAUUGAGCCUUCGCAUAAAAAAGGUGAAAUAAAUCUGAGAAAAUGGACAAUGAACAAAAACAAUGGGAAAGCAAGUUCAAGUUAUGUGUUGGUUAAACACUGGAAUGAUGUGGUAAGAAGGAAUGGUUUGAGAGCUGGUAUGAAGAUGCAAUUGUGGGCAUUCCGAAAGGGUGAAACCUUGUGUUUUGCCCUUGUUAAUGUUUAAGUUAUUAGAUG